UCGGGCCAGACAUGGGAUCAUUAAAAGAUGUAUAUAAAUGUGCUUCUAGCAUUGUUACGAACACAUAAAACAAUUACAUCCUCCUUCUUAAAGAUGAAUAAACGUCGAUUUCUGACAGGUCUUAACACAUCCUCCUUUGAGGAAGUACUGCUGGAGUGACUUCAGGGAUGUAAGGGAUGCAGACAGAUUAAGACCUGGAAAAAAAAGACGGUUUCCAUGGGCGUCUCACCUGUGGAAUUAAUUAUCGGUUCAAAGAUAGAGGCUAGGGGAAGGCUCUCUCAGCUUCUGCCCAUUUCCUCAUAAACAAGCUCCGCUACAACGUCUCUCAUCACAUCUGUUUGGGACUCUAACCAGGAAUCUGCAAUGCCGAGCCAGCUGGAGGGUGCAAUGGAUGCGCUGAUAACAGUUUUCUACAACUACUCCGGAAACGAUGGAGACAAAUACAAGCUCAACAAGGGCGAGUUGAAGGACCUCCUCAACAGCGAGCUCACCGACUUCCUCACGUCUCAGAAGGAUCCGAUGCUGGUGGAGAAAAUCAUGAAUGACCUGGACUCUAAUAAAGACAACGAGGUGGAUUUCAAUGAGUUUGUUGUGUUGGUGGCCGCCCUCACUGUUGCCUGCAACGACUUCUUCCAAGAGCAGCAGAAGAAGAAAAACAAGUAGACUUCUCCAGAAAAAACCCACUACCUGUAAAUCUUGUCAAUGUCAUGCCAUUAAAAAGAGAACAGUAAAUGUCCCGUCAGCAGAGUAAGUUAUUUUAGGAUUCCCCAAACAUGUAGCAUUGUGAAUGUAGUAUUUAGGAAGUAAACCCUUUUACCACAAUGGAAAAUGUUCUAACCAAUUUUCAGCCUGGAGCUGUUAAACAACGACUUUGUGAUCUUACAUGGGGCUUUUUCUGAUCCAAAUUAUAUUAGUGUUUAUAUUAGUGUUAUCUUUGUUACUAGAAAAUAAAAAAAUGAAAAUGA